UCAGCUGGCAGACAUUUAAAUGGGAGACAGCUCGGCGCUGCUGCAAUUUGUAAUCAAGAUCCGCGACUCCCUCUAUAUGGACUCACUGGCAGCUCCAGGCUCCUACCCCACUGCAGCCUCUAGCCGGCCAGCGAAGUAACCCACCCCAGACAGGAGACCUGAGCAGAGCUAGAGAACUCACCGCUCCGACCACAGACCGCACAGGAGGGGAAGCAGCAACCAGAGCAGGAUGGUCCGCACAGUGUAUGCUGUUGGUGGUCUGCUUCUUCUAGCUGGACUCCUGUUACCCACAGCAGAGGGGAAAAAGAAGAGUCGUGGGUCUCAGGGAGCCAUCCCUCCUCCCGACAAGGAUCAGCCCAAUGAUUCAGAGCAAACGCAGACAAAGCAGCAGCCAGGUUCAAGGCACCGAGAUCGGGGAACUGGCACACCAAUGCCUGCCGAAGAGGUGCUGGAGUCUAGCCAGGAAGCAUUACACGUCACUGAACGCAAGUAUCUUAAGAGGGAUUGGUGUAAAACUCAGCCCCUCAAACAAACCAUCCACGAAGAAGGCUGCAAUAGUCAUACUAUUAUCAACAGAUUCUGCUAUGGCCAGUGCAAUUCUUUCUACAUCCCAAGGCACGUCCGCAAAGAGGAAGGCUCUUUUCAGUCCUGUUCCUUCUGCAAACCUAAGAAGUUCACCACUAUGACAGUUACACUCAAUUGCCCUGAACUUCAGCCCCCUAGAAAGAAGAAGAGGAUCACGCGAGUCAAGGAAUGUCGGUGUAUAUCCAUAGAUUUGGACUAGACUCUGCAAUAUAUUAUUACUCCAAUGCUCCAGGCAUAGGCAAUCAGCAUUGCCAGGUUAAAUAAGAGUGAGUGACAUAACUACCAUACCUGCGUGGCUGGACAUAACUGACAGGAACCAGAGUGAAUCACCCAAAACAUGGUGUGUGUGUGUGUGUGUGUGUGUGUGUGUGUGACUACAUAUCUAUACAGAAAUAUAUGAAUGUUCACUACACAGUAAAAACAUUUAAAAUCAUGUGUGAAAUAUCACCAAAGGCCUAUAAACACACCGGUUCAAUAUCACAUCUAUGAAUUAGGACCCUUAGCAUACACUCACAUUCUCCCUGCUUGCUGGGUUCAGUGCAGCUGUGCCUUUUGCUAAUGUUUCACUGGAGACCAUACUAUUCACCUUCACGAUAUGAAAAGAAAUAUCAAAUCAGAGGCAUUCAGGAGCUUCCAAGCAUGAAUUUGAUCCUAAAUUUAAAAUAACCAGUAUUAAAAGAGGUGCAGCCAUAGGUGAAACCUCACUAAAAGCCACACUUGCAUCAAUAGUUUCUAUUAUGCCUUUCUUUUUAAAAAAAUCCGUGUUGCUGGGAGGACGGGGCGGGAACCAACAGGACACAGACAGAGAGAAAACAUAACCCCAGGGAGCUAGAAGGAAAAAGAAGGCCAAGAGUUAGCAGGAAGGAGAGGAAAGGGACAGGAGGGAGUAGGAGAUGGAAGGAGAGAAAAGAUGAGAAAGACAAAGGAAUAAGAGAAGACAUUUUCUUCUGCUACUUUUUUGCUUUAAUUUAUAGACAAAUCCAUUUGUUAUAUAAAAUGAAAAGGAAUUACGAACAAGGAAUUCAUUUCUGAAUUCUAAUAACAGUCUAAAUCAAUUAAGAUCCAUUCUUAUGUCACUAGAUCCUCUUGAUUUAUUUAUGGUCUUGUAAUUCAGAUAUCCGCUGCUUUAUAUAUUUAUGUAUGUGUCUGUACUGUACAUGUAGUAUGUAUAUAUACAGUCGCUCUCUACAUAUGUGGGUAUAUAUGUGCACCCAAUGAGGUUAUGUAUUUUGUGUAUCUGUACUUUCUCUCUCACACAAUGUACCAAUCACAAAAAAAUCUCAGUAUACAACAUUGAGCACAAAAUGACAGUAAUUUAGCAUAUAAAGAGCAAAGCAAAAAUUACAAGCAUCAUGUGACUGCAAAUGCAAUAACCACAAAGAGACAAAAGACAGGGCAUGCCUGACUAGUAAAUAUUGCAUUGUUAUUGUUAUUUUAGCUCUGCCACAGGCAUGCAGUCCGUUGAAAAAGAGAUGCAGAGCCUUGUCAGCAAUAAUCUGCUUUUUAUAUCCUUUGCCACAGUGUUACAUUUAAACAGGAUUUGGACUAAGUAAAGAGAAUUUCCUGAAAAUUAAAGGCUAAAUGCUCCCCUUCUGGAGAAAAAGCCAUGGAAGGGGAACAGUAACUCCUACAACUCCAUGUGCUUCUCCUGUGGGGUUAUCCUGGCAUUCUCCCCUUAGGGGAAUGAGUUCUGGACCGGCCCGGGGCCAUGGAAACACUUAGGAAAGUCUUGCAGGAGACUCUAUAGAGACCAGCACAGCUGUACAGAAGGCUGCCACUCCCCACUUCACCCUAAUCUUCGCUUCCCCACUCACUCAGCAGCUAUGCUGCUGCUUUCGCCCUCCCCAGCCCUAUCUCACAGAGUGCUUCCACAAGCAGUAAUUUCACAGUGUUUACCAGCCAGGUGAAGAAGGAAGCAAGCCACACAGAAUGGCUGCUUUUGAGCACAUCCCCAGCAAUGAGUUUCAAUCUGAUCGCACAUCAGUGGAAAGGCCUAUUUCUGCCACUAUUGAUGUCACCGGGAUCAGGAUUGGGCCAUAAAUCAGAAGUAACCCCAGUGAAGGUAGAAAUUCCAUUCUAAAGUUAUCCUCAUAUAAAAUCAGUGUGUGUGAGAGAAUUAGGCCCACCAGGUUGGUGUGGAGGGGCUUCUAGUCUAGGAGACAGCUGGCCAUUGAGGUGCCUUUGCUCUUCUUCUGUAUGCACAGGCCACAACUAGCAAUAAUUGGACAACUGUGCUUCCUCAUAUUCUAUGCCUCACAACAGAGGGGAGUAUAGGGCCCUAAUUUAGGAGCAAGCUACAAAGUAUUUUUGUCCAUCUGGACGCCAAGAAAGACAAUUAUUCUAUUAUUAUUACGUCAAAAGGGAAAAUACAGCAUUGGCAUAUCACAGAUACAGGAUCUGCGCAGUCAUUUAUUUAAAAGCCACAGCUAUUGCACAACGUGUCACAGUUAUUGGUCAAAUCCCACAUUUCUGCGUUUAAUAUAUUUUUACUGUAAGAUCCACAACAUUGCCAUCUGUAACACUAAGAUUGCAAAUCAGUGAUUCAUAUUAUUAAACUUUACACAUUGGAUCUGGCAUCUACUGACUUUGCGGUUCUGACACAUUUCUUCAUGGAUUUUAAAAACUAAAAUCUGGAGUUACAGGAGGUAAAUUUCCACUGUGUGGAAUGUGAAUAGUUAGAAAGAUAUGGAUAUUUAAUGUUGUUAUUAAUACAAAGCUUUUUUCAUUGAUAUGAGAGGGGGGGUUUGUUUUCCUUUAAAUGACGUCUUCCGAGUUGGUGAAAACGAAAAAUCAUUCUGAAACCUGGCUGAAAGCUUUAAACUACUUACUGUUUCUGUUCAGUUAACAGAUACACAGCUGGGGUGAAUCCUGACCCCUCCUCAUUGAAGUUAAUGGCAAAACUCCUAUUGACUUUAAUAGGGCCAUGAUUUCACCCUAGGUUGCUAAGGACCAUAUCCUCAAAGAUAACUCCUCAUCGGAAGUUAGGCGCUAAGUAUCUUUGAGGAUCUGGGCCUAAGUCCCUACACUCCGUAGCCAGCAGGCAAAGCUUUAGAUGUUUCUGGCUCCUUUAUUUAACAUUCCUUAGAGGUUAACACUUUUUGAAGCAAAAUUUGUGAAGCUUUUAAGAUGUACAUAAAGGAACAGUCAGUUAUCUACGCAAAGAUCACAAAGGAACCCCUUUAGGCAAAAUCAAAUGUAAAUUUUAUACAACAGACUUUUGUGAAUUGCUAGUUACUGCUUGGGAGUAAAAAGGUUCUGCUGACUUACAAUUAUACAAGAUAUGUAAUAUCUACCACAAUAUGUAUUUAAACGACUGCUUUUUAGUCUAACCUCCCCUCCUGCAACUGACUAUAUAACCUAAGACUGCAGUGUUUUCAUUCUCAGUCUCAUGAAACAAAUUUUGGUUUUAAAAUGAAAUUCUAAUAAUUUUGCAGCUGAAUAGAAUUGGACUUUCUCUCCCCCCACACCCAGCAUUUUGUAUGUCAUUUUAACUAUUAUUAACAAAUAAAUAAAACAUCUUCUUCA